AUGGGUAAUUAAAUAAUCUAGAUUUGUAUUAACUAAACAGAAUACGAUAAUUUGUUUAGAAAUACUGAACAAAAAAAUUGUAAUGAAGAUGUUUUCUUAAAUAUCAUAAAAUCAAAGACCAAUUCCUUAACAUAGAAUAGAUUACCAAAUGGAGAAUCAAAACUAAGAUCCUAAUAAAUUGAAAUUUACUUAUUAAAUUGUUCAAGAAUCCUAUAAUGCGUCAAGGAGUCAUAAAGUAAAUUCUAAUAAUAAACAGUUGCUGAUGCUAAUACAGAUUUACAUGAUGUUUGA